UUUUCACAUUGCCAGGCAACAGCAGGAAACAACUUCUUUUCAGGUCAAGUAGACAUCAGUUGAGAUCAGCUCCUGAAGUGCCGGAUGAAGAGUAAAACCAUGAGCCAGAUAAUACUGUUGAUUACGGUGAUCACUGUGUGUUACGCCACCCAAAGUGAGGCAAAAGUUGAAGCGAACUGUGACCAAAAUGUUGACCUACAUUGUCCGUGUUAUGACAGCACGGAUUUCCUGUUGCUGACUUGGUACAAGUGUGUGCAGAUGAGUGACCAGAGAAGAGGUUUCAUCAUCAGCAUCGGUGAAGGCUAUGUGGAGAAGGAGAACGUUUCUCAACGGGCCACGUUUGGCAAGAACAACAGCCUUCAUUUGCCUGCCAUGCGGCCCCACGACUCUGGAACGUACAAAUGUGUCAUCACUGCAAAUGUAGGCGGUCGAAACAAAAUCUGCACGGUCGACCUUUUGGUUCAUGUUGCUGUUUUUCUCACUUCAGCUUGUGUGACCAACACACCGCCAAAUGUACUGCUCAACACAGUUCCAAGCACUGUUAACACUCGCCAACAUGAAGAGGAGCUGCCAGUCAUGUGGAGUAUUCUGGGCUACUUGGCAGUAGGCUUGGUCAAAGUGCUCCUGUCAUGCACAAGUAUUUGGGUCAUUCAAGCUUUCUGUGUCAGACCUUCUAGACAAGCGAACAAAACUGGAGACGAUCUUUGAAGAGUUUCAACAUUGCAUCUAAAAUGUGAUUGUGUUUGUUGAGUGACUGCUGUUUGUUUGUAGUCUUGUAAUUGUGUGAAAAGAAGGGGAACUAAACCAGAACUUAAGAGACGUCUCCAUUUGUGGCCUAUACUACAGGUGCAAACAGUUUCUAUUUCCUGCCAAAAUGGGACAAAGUAGCGCCCUCUCUCAUGGUAUAUAUUUCUGACUCAUUCAACAUUACAUUUUAUUCGAACCGCAGACCCAAUGAAUCCUUCCACUAACAUGUGUAUGUGUUCACUGUGAUGGGUUAAAUGCAGAGAACAAAUUUCGUGUGCAUGCAUGCAUGUUCAUGACAAUAAAAGAUGAUUCUUCUUCUUCUUCUUCCUUAA